AUGGCAACCAACAACAGCAACACAAACAACUUACACACAAAGUGGCAACACAACAGCAAACCCCCCGCGCCCUGCCCCUCAACGCUUUCAUCGCUACUGUUGCAAAUUCUGCUGCUGCUGCUGCUGUUGCUGCUUUCGGCCAGUUGCACGGACGCCUUCUGCCCCUCGAAGUGCCAAUGUCUGGGUGGGGAUGCGAACAGUCGGGCGCUGUGUGUGGAUGCGGCACUCGAGGAUGUGCCCAUCCAGCUGAAUCCGGAGACAAAGUACAUAAACCUGACACUGAAUCGUAUACGCAAUCUGGAGUUUACACUGCCCUUCUACAUGAAACUGGAGGUGCUUGAUCUGUCGCAGAACAUCAUCGAAACGUUGGGCUCCAAGAAUUUUGAGUAUCAGACGGAGCUGCGUACGCUCAACUUGAGCCGGAAUCUGGUGAGUGCUUUGCACAAAAACGCCUUCAAGGGAUUGACGAAUCUGCUGUUGCUGGAUCUCAGCUACAAUCGCAUUGAGACAGUGCAUCCCACGGCACUGGGCGAUCUGGCGGCAUUGGUGGAAAUCGAUUUGACCAACAAUAAUAUUGUUAGCCUGGAGGACAACUGUUUCAAGGGCAUGCUAUCGCUGGAGGUGCUUGUGUUUCGCAACAAUCGCUUGCUGGACAUCCCAGCCAGCAAUCUCUGGCAUCUGCAUGCACUCAAGAGCCUCGACAUGUCCGACAAUCUCGUCGAGUUUGUUCGCAACGACAGCUUCGAGGGUCUCAAGGAGCUGCUCGCUCUGAGCGUGCGGGGGAAUGUGAUGAGCGAAUUGGAUGUGGGUGCCUUUGAGGGACUCAUCUCGCUAAAACAUUUGGAUCUAUCGGAUAACAAUUUGACGAUGGUUCCCACACAGCAGCUCUCGAAACUUUCGAAUCUCACUUAUUUGAACUUGGGCGGCAAUCGGUUUGCCCACUUGCCAGCGGUGGCAUUUUUAAACUUGUUUCAUUUGCGCGAAUUGCAUUUGAGCCGGUUGGACUUUUUGCAGCGUAUCGAUUCGAGAGCCUUUGUGGACAACACGCACCUGCAGACGCUGCACCUGAACUACAAUCCUCAGCUGAGUGACAUCCCGAUGCGUCUGUUCCAGGGUAAUCCCAACAUUCUCGAAGUCUACAUGCAGAGCAACAGUUUGCAGACACUGUACUCUGCCCAGUUUCCGGUGGAUCAGCUGCAGAAGCUCUACUUGGGUGACAAUCCGCUGCAAUGCAACUGCUCGCUCCUCUGGCUGUGGCGUCUGGUAACCGGAAACUUUGAAGGCUCUGAGCCAGCGAUGGAGCAUGCCGCUGGUGGUGCGGUGGCUGCACUGGCCAACGAUGCAUCGGCCAUCCGGGAGGAGGAUGACACCACGGCAAAGGCGGAUGACGGUGUGGCUGCCUUGGCGGCAUACAUUGCCGAGCAGCAUAUUGCCAAUGCACUGCAAACCACCGAGCCGAGCACAUAUGAUCAACGCCUGGAGGCAGCGGCCAGCGUCAGCUCGAGCAGCAGCAGCGCUGGAUACCUGCGGAUGGACAAGCAGCAGAUUGGCUGCGACAUCUGGCGGGAUGCGGUGCGGACGCGCCGACAGCUGUUGACAAUGACAGAGGGUGAAAUCACGUGUCCGGCGCACAUUGUGACCGUGGUGUGUGCGGUCAUCACCAGCCUGCUGGUGCUCAUGAUUGCCAUCAGUGUGCUCUACUAUCUGCGCUUUGUGAAGCGGCGCCGCAAGCUGUUGCACGAACGCGGACCGAUGCGUACCAGCAAGAGCAUCAUCAAUGUCCAUGACCGAAUACUGCAGGGUCAUCAUCAGCCGCUGGGCGGUGGUGCGGGCAUGAGCAUGACCCUCGGCGGUUCGGCAGGUGGUGCGGGCAUGGGCAUGGCCCUCAAUUAUCCACAUCAUGCUCAGACGCUGCAGGCGCAUCAUCACUAUCACCAGGCGAUGCCACUGCAGGCACAUGGACAUGAGUAUCAGCAGACGACACUGCCCCAGCUGGAUAAGCUGGAGCUGGAGCGCUAUUUGGCGGCGCAGACAAUUGCCAACGAGUAUCGGGCACUCAAGCCCUGGGAGCUGCCCGUCAAGGAGGCGGACGAUGAGCCGGAGCAUCUGUACGAGCGUUUCGAUCACUACGAGUAUCCGGACACGCACACCAUGACAAAGCUCAAGCAGGCGGCGGCGCUUCAAGGCAGCGCCGUGUCCACACCCGCUCCAAGUGCUGGUGGCAAGCCACAUGUGGUUUACGUAUGACGUGGACGUGGUGGAAAGCAGCAGCAACAGCAGCAGCAGCACAAGGAACAGGAUAUGGGCAUGGAGCUGGUGGGCCUAGGUCUGACCAACAACAACUAUCGCAGCUAUGUGCAGUGCCAGACCAAGGCCAGUGGCCAUUUUUGAAAACAGGGAAUCAGCGAGUGCAGCAUCACUCAUAAGUGAGGUUAAGUUUUCUGUUCAAUUGAGGUUAUGUUUGAAAUUUCCCUAAUUUCCCUUUGAAUUCGUUUUUUAUUAUUAUUUUCCGUGAAUUUUUGAUAACUCGCAACAAAGUUUAACAAGCGUCAAAUGAAACAAGGGAUAUGUCUACGUGUAUAGCAGCAUACUACUUAUAUAUAAAUUAAAAUAAUUAAACAAAUCGAAUAACUAAGCCUAACAGUUAGUAUGUCAAGUUAAGUAUUAAGCCAACACACAUACACAAAUAAAUAAAUUCAAAGAAAUAAGAAAUACAUAUUAAAUAGCAAUAGUUGAGAUUCAAUACUCUCACACUGUCUCUCUAUCUCUCGUUCUCUCUCACUCUCUUUGCAAAAAUAUAUGAAACAAGAAAAGUAAAGUAAAUAAGCAGCAAUCUCUUUAAAGUUUAAACAUAAAACCCACUCAUAGUUAAACGCAUUUAGAAUUCUAAUGAUAGCAUUUAAUUGAUAAGCGCAUUAAAAACUGAAUUUAAUAUGCAUAAAUACGACAAGUAAGAAAAUACAAUUGCAAUGCAAAGGGUGUAAAGAGUGCAACAAUAACUUAGUUAACUAAACAAAUAAAUAUAUAUAUAUAAAUAUAUAUAUAAUUUAUUUAGUAGUCUUUUAAAUUAUUUCCCAGAAUGACAAGGCAUUAGCUAUGGCUAUAACAGUUUGUGGAUCAAGUGACAUAGGGGGACCAAAAACAGUCCAUAUUAAUAAUUCCAACCUUAGAGCAGUGCCUACAGCUAAUGCCCCAUGUUGGUUUAUUUCUAAUUAAUUCUUAACUAAAAGGCAACAAAUUUGAAUAAACAAAACAAAAAAAAUAUAACACAAAUAUAAGAUGACAAUAUAUAAAGUGUAAAUUUAAGCGACAUUUAAUUGCAAAUAUUGUAUUUUUCGGGCAAGUUGAAACACGUCAAAACAACAAUUGAUUUGUAAAUACUAAUAUUAAUAAUUAUAGUAAUAACACAAAAAAACACACACAUACACACACAAGUACUCUACUCAAGCACAAAUCUAGCAUAGUUUGCAUAACUAUUGUACAUAAUUUAUUAUAACAUUUAAAUUUAGUCAAACUCAAACAAAAAUCUAUAUUUAAAUCAACAGAAAAAUAUGAAAAUAAAUCCAAAACGAUAUAAAAGCAAUUUUUUGAGCAAUUCUAAUUGAAGAAGAAUUUUUAUUUGUUGUUAUUUUCAGUUCUUCAGCUUGCUAAAUUUCUCGACAGAAUAAGUUACUCGCAAUUAAAUGGGUCGACAGCAAAGCAAUUAGAAACCCAACUGUAACUUCAAUUUGCAUGAAAAAAAUAAAUAAAUAAAAUCAACAAAUACAUAUGGAAAUGAACUUGAAAAUAAUACGAAUAUAAAUUAAAUCAAAUACGAAAUAAAUCAAAAGCAAAGAGCUAAACAAAUGUUAACCAAAAUGCAUUUGUUUAGUUUCGAAUGCAAGGAGAAUUGAGAAUU